AUGAGCGACUCGGAGACCCAGACCUACGUUUUGCAGACGGCCGGCUUCGACGCACGGUUCCCCAACACCAACCAGAGCCGUCACUGCUUCCAGGCCUACGUCGACUACUUCCGCUGCGUCAACGCAAAGGGCGAGGACUUCCCCGCUUGCAAGACUUUCUGGCGCACUUACCACUCGCUCUGCCCGAACGAGUGGAUCGCCAAGUGGGACGAGCAGCGCGAGGAGAACAAGUUCCCGGCCAAGCUCGACUAA